AUGCCUCACACUAAGGAGAAAAUUCAGGAUUCAGUCGAGCCUGCUGACGAACAUGUCGUCGUCGCUGGUUCUAGUGUGGACGCUACUUCCGUUGUUGCUCCUCGAAGAGCGCGCACUCAUGGAAAGGCUACAAUCAGCGCGUACAUGGCCAUCGCUGCCUCCGCCUUUGGGCUAAUCUCAGAUGGCUAUCAUAACAAUCUCAUGACUAUGACGAAUAUCGUCUUCAAGAAGUUAUAUCCCUCUGACUACACGUCGAACAUUUCUACGCGCGUUACCAACGCACUGCUGGUCGGCGAGAUCAUUGGGCAGAUCACCGUCGGGAUUCUUUGCGACAGAAUUGGACGGAAGGCAGGCCUCGUAAUGACAACUCUAUUGAUUACGAUUGGUGCUAUUCUGUGUACUGUUGCACAUGGCGCACAUGGAAGUGCACAAGGGUUAUUCUGGUUCAUGACGAUCGCCAGAGGUAUCACAGGCGUUGGAGCCGGCGGAGAGUACCCUGCAUCUUCGACGAGUGCGAGGGAAGGAGCUGAUGAGGUAGCCGUGCAUCAGAGAGGCGCAGUGUUCAUUAUGGUUACCGACUUCCCCAUCUCUGCUGGAGGCCCGCUGGCCGUUACAAUAUUCUUGAUUGUUUUGUCCGCCGCCGGGGAAGAUCACCUCAACACUGUCUGGAGAGUAUGCUUUGGUAUUGGCAUCGUCUUCCCAUUGGCCGUGUUCUACUUUCGUAUGCGUAUGGUUACAUCAAAAUUGUAUCGAGAAGGCGCGAUCAGACACCACGUUCCUUAUAAGCUCGCGAUUAAGCGAUAUUGGAAGACCCUCAUUGGCACGGCGGGGACUUAUUUCCUGUAUGCCUUCAUCGACUAUCCGAAUGGCAUCUUCUCUGCGAGCAUCAUCAGCAGUGUCAUCAAGGACGGAGACAUAAAAAAGACGGCGGAGUGGCAACUGCUCUUGGGCGCCAUUGCUCUUCCAGGCGUAAUAGUUGGUGCACUCCUCUGCAAUCCUCUUGGACGCCGCUACACGAUGAUGCUCGGCUUCGGUGGAUAUGUUAUUUUCGUAGGCCUCAUUAUAGGGUGCGGGUAUGACCGGAUCAUCAAUAUCGUGCCUCUUCUCAUCGUCCUCUAUGGGCUCAUGGUGUUCAUGAGCAAUAUGGGUCCUGGCAACAUAACCCUGCUCGCUAGCGCGGAGUCUUAUCCAACCCCAAUACGAGGCACAUUUUUCGGCAUCUCAGCGGCCAUGGGCAAAGUCGGGGCCGCCGUUGGUAUCCAAGUAUUCAUACCAAUCCAGGACAAUAUCGGAAAGAGGUGGACGUUCAUAGUUGCGGCAAUCUUCGGAGCCGUCGGCAUAUUGAUAACCUAUGUCUUCAUUCCGGAGAUGACGGGCGUAGAUCUGGCGCUUCAAGACGAGAAGUUCCUCAAAUAUCUGGUGGAGAAUGGUUGGGAGGGUCAGAUUGGUGACGCAGAGACGAAAUCCCAUCACAUCGAUCCCGAAGAGACAGAGAAAGGGUGUGGGAAGGACGUAGCAACUGUGUUGUAG